AAACACACCCUAGAAGCAAGAUCAUAUCCUCUUCUCUCUUCGUGAUCAUAGAUUAUUAUAUACUAUAUUAAUGUUUUCCAACAAGAGAAGGCUCAUGAAAACCCUAUUCAAUAGAAACGGAGGCUGCGGGUGUAGCACACCAAAGUCCUCCGAUGUACACGAUCCCACCCCAAAACCUAAAAUUUCCAUUUACCAAAACACAAACCCUAGUAGCCUCAAUUCAUCGACCACUUCCGGCUUCGACGACGAAGACUUCACUUCCACCACCGUCUCCGAACCCGACACACUUCACGACCACAAAAACAAAAACAAUGAAACGGCAAAACCGAACCCAAAACUCAUUGACAGCAUCGCCGUUGAGAAGGACUCAAAGGACCCAUAUAACGAUUUCCGAGAUUCCAUGCUCCAAAUGAUCUUUGAGAGAGAGAUCUACUCAGAACCCGAUCUUCAAGAGCUUCUCGAAUGUUUUCUUGAACUGAAUGCCACGUGUCACCACCAAGUCAUAGUCCAAGCCUUCAUAGAGAUCUGCGAAGAAGCGUUCCCUAAGAAGAAUAUUAGUGAUGAUGGUGGUGUUUCUGAACCGUGUCGCAGGAACCAGAUGAUGAACAUUCGAAAGAGUCGGUGA